AUUCUUGGAUGGCCACCUCCUUUGUAUCUUAUCUUUGGUAUGCCAACUACACAAAAACACCGAUUUCUAGGAAAUAUCAUACUGUAAGGUCUAGUCUUGCGUCAUUCAAUAGAUGGACGACAGCACUUCGGGUGACUCCCUUUGUAGGAACUUUUCAACGAGGGCUGAGGAAGAAAGGUUGUUUUCAUAGCCAUGUUUCCAUGUCAGCAGAUAAUGAAGACGUUGCCAACAUUUUAGACGCUAAUUUGUAUACUGAGAAAGCUUGGGAAGUGUUAACUAGACUGUCGACACUGGCUAGACAAUAUGCACAACAGACGAUAGAAAAUGAAAUGCUGUUGUAUUCUCUGUUCAAGGAUGACUUGGUACAAAGAAUAUUGGGUAAAGCAACAACAAUGGAUAUCAAACUGAUGGAGAAGAAACUUGAGGAACUGUUGGACAGACUACCCAAAGUGUACGGUACUACAGCCACCCAAGUGAUGGGAACCAGUCUAAGAAAUACUCUAGAAGAAGCCAAUCGCAUCAGAAAACAGUAUGAGGACUCUUACAUCAGUGUUGAACACUUGUUACAAGCUUGUAUGCGUGACCCUAAAUUCCGCACGCUCGGAGUGACUGAGAAUGAACUCGUGAAAGCCAUCAAGAGCGUGAGAGGAAAUCAAAAAGUCACUUCGCAGACACCAGAAUCCACAUAUGAGGCACUAGAAAAGUAUGGAAGGGACUUGACCAAACUGGCUAGAGCAAAAAAACUCGACCCAGUGAUUGGAAGAGAUGAAGAAAUCAGAAGAACCAUCCAGAUUCUUUCCAGGAGAACGAAGAAUAAUCCAAUCCUACUAGGUGAGCCAGGAGUUGGUAAAACAGCCAUAGCAGAAGGACUAGCACAACGAAUUGUCUCAGGAGAUGUUCCAAGUUCCUUGAAGAAUCGUCGAUUAAUAGCAUUAGAUUUGAGUGCCAUCAUUGCCGGAGCAAAGUAUCGAGGAGAAUUCGAAGAACGUCUAAAAGCAGUUUUAAAGGAAGUAACUGAAGCUGAAGGUGGAAUUAUUUUGUUUAUUGACGAAAUUCACACGGUUGUGGGUGCUGGAAGAACGGAUGGUGCGAUGGACGCUGGAAAUAUUCUCAAACCGAUGCUUGCAAGAGGUGAAUUGCGUUGUAUUGGUGCAACAACUUUGGAAGAAUAUCGAAAAUAUAUUGAGUUAGAUGCUGCAUUGGAAAGACGUUUCCAACCCGUAUUUGUUGAACAGCCAUCUGUUUCUGAUACAGUGAGUAUUUUGCGAGGUCUCAAAGAACGUUAUGAAGUCCAUCAUGGAGUUCGUAUUACGGAUGCAGCUCUUGUUGCUGCAGCAACUUUAAGUGACCGAUAUAUUGCAGACAGAUUUCUUCCUGAUAAAGCAAUAGAUUUGGUAGAUGAGGCAGCAGCUAGAUUAAAGAUGGAGGCCACUUCGAAACCUGCUGCAUUGGACAGAAUCGAAAGAAAAAUAAUUCAAUUGGAGAUGGAAAGAUUAAGUUUGAAGAAUGAAACUGGACCAGGAGUAGCCAAACGUCAAGAAUCACUUUCCAAUGAAUUGCAAGCUUUGAUGAAGCAGCGUGAGAGUUUAGAAAGUAGAUGGAAAAAGGAAUCAGAAACUCUAGGAGAAAUACAACGGUUGAAGGAAGAGAGGGACAAAGUUCGUUUGGAAAUAGAAAGAGCUGAACAAGUGUAUGACUUGAACCGAGCUGCAGAGUUGAAGUUUACCAAAUUUAGAGAAAUUGAGAAGCAACUGGCUGAAAAGGAGAAACUGUUGGCACAAGGAGAGAAGAAUGGUGAAAUUGCAUUGUUGAGAGAUCAAGUAACGGAACAAGAUAUUGCAUCUGUAGUAUCAUCCUGGACAAGAAUUCCUGUAGAAAAGUUGGCCACUUCGGAGCGAACCAAGUUGUUACAUUUAGAAGAAGAAUUGACGAGGAGAGUAGUUGGUCAAAGGCAAGCUGUUCAAGCAGUAGCCGAAGCCGUUCAACGAAAUAGGGCAGGAUUGGCCAAUCCUAAAAGACCAGUAGCAAGCUUUGCAUUUUUAGGUCCUACUGGAGUUGGCAAAACGGAAUUGGCAAAAGCAUUGGCUCAAGUAUUGUUUGAUUCAGAAGAUGCUAUGAUACGUAUCGAUAUGACCGAAUAUAUGGAGAAGCAUACAGUUUCUAGGUUGAUUGGAGCUCCUCCAGGAUAUGUUGGUUAUGAAGAAGGUGGUCAAUUAUCUGAAGCUGUGAGACGUCGACCUUAUUCUGUUAUUCUCUUUGACGAGAUUGAAAAAGCACAUUCCGAUGUUUUCAAUGUAUUGCUUCAAGUGUUGGAUGAUGGUCGUAUUACGGAUGGACAAGGGCGAACAGUAGAUUUCUGCAAUUGUAUUAUCAUCAUGACUUCCAAUAUUGGUUCUCAAGCCAUUUUAGAUAUUGCGGGAGAUGAAGAGAGAUAUGAUGAGAUGCGGGAGCGAGUCUUGGAAAUGAUGAGAAUGACAUUUCGACCUGAGUUUAUGAAUCGUUUGGAUGAAGUUAUUAUAUUCCACUCUUUAACACGUUCAGACUUGCGUCAAAUUGUACGUAUUCAGUUGCAAGAUUUGGAUACUCGUUUACGUGAGAAGAAGCUGGGUCUACAAGUUUCCGAUAGAGCCGCUGAUGUAUUGGCAUCUCUUGGUUAUGAUCCAGUGUAUGGUGCAAGACCAUUGAGAAGAGCUAUUCAACGGCAUUUAGAAACACCCAUUGCUAGACAAAUUCUAGAAGGAAAGUUUCAAGAUGGAGACUUGAUUCGAGUUACUGCGAAUGAAGAUAAUAUGCUCCUAUUUGAGUCUAUCAGUGGAGGGGCUCUAGGCAAAGAAAGUUCCCCAGUGGAGGAAAAAUUUUCAACCUUGAGCCGAAACUAAAACUAUUCAAAAAGUGGAAUAUAUCUUUUUGAAUAUUUUCACACACAUUCUCUUUCUUUCUUUUCUUACUUGCUGUUGGUUUUGUUUGUUGUAUGG